AUGGUUUUCGGAUUUUCUUUUAAGAGUGGUGAUGGGGAAGAAGAAGUGAUUGAUGGAAGCUUUAUUCGCAUACCUCAUGAUAUGACCAUCCCGUACAAUAAUGGAGCUAAACCAAAAGAGGAUUUAAUUAGUGCCAUAUUCCCUUCUAUGGAUGUCAAUGGAAAUUCUUCGGGGUACAUAAUUUCUAGGGCCAUACUGUCAACUAAAAAUGAUAAUGUCGAUGAGAUAAAUGAUGAGUUAAUUGGUAGAUUCUGCAAGGAGGAGCAAAUCUAUUAUAGCUUUGAUGAGGCAGAAGAUGAUGUUAACAAGUAUUAUCCGAUUGAAUUCUUAAACUCGCUUAACGUUAGUGGUUUGCCCCCUCAUUGCCUACGACUGAAAGUUGGAUGCCCGAUCAUACUAUUACGUAAUAUUGAUCUAUGGAACGGGCUGUGUAACGGCACAAGGUUGAUAUGCAAAGGUUUUCAACGAAAUGUCAUCGAUGCCGAGAUAGACGUUGGUUUCUUAGUUUUAUGA